AUGAACAACUUGUUGGACGUCGUCCUUGCCUUCAUAGUAAUGCUCGGUAUCGUUCAAGCUGCUGCUAGCCUCGUCGAUUAUGUUAACGUUUUAGCCGGUACUUCUAAUACUUAUGAGUUGUCUACUGGUAGCGCCACGCCCCUCAUGGGCCGACCAUUCGGCUUCAAUCAUUGGUCUGUUCAAACCGAACCCGACCAUGAUCCUAAACGCUACUUCAACCCGGCCUCGAGAAGCUUCUACGGUGUACGAUGCACUCACCAACCGUCCGUAUGGUUGGGCGACUAUGGUUAUUUUCUCGUUAAUGCUAUCAUUUCCCGUGACGAACCACAGCAAUCUGUGUCGUUCGCUCCGCUGCAGACUACUUACAAGCCACACUACUUCAAGUCAUCGGCUCUGUAUCCUGGUAACGCUGAUAUGGGUGGCGCUAGGAUUGAAAUGACCCCGACGGAACAUGCUGCAUUUUUUCGGUUUUCAUUCCCACCCAAGGUGAAUUCAGCGGUGCUCGUGAGACUAUUCGACUAUAACUCAUCGACACCAGUCGUGCUCGACAAGGAGGGUCGUUUUUCUACUCAAACCAGUGUUAACAACGGUGGUGUAUUGCCUGGGUUCGCCAUGUUUAUCAAUGGGGCAAUUGACCCACCACCUGCACGCAUGCGCAACGUAGAUGGUUCAAUCAUGCUGGAGUAUGAUGCUGCGGAAAAUAAUAAAAGACUUUCGGUACACCUCCGUAUCGCUACUUCUUUUAUCUCUAAUGAACAAGCUCAAGUAAAUUUGGCGAGGGAGUUACCUUUGUGUAAGAACUUUGAUACUUUCGUGAAGGAAGGUGAAGACGUAUGGCAAACACGCCUAAGUCUGGUUACCUAUGAUACAGUACAGCGAAACAGUAACUUUUUGAGAACUUUUUAUACCAAUUUCUAUCGAACUAUGCUGUUCCCGAGACUCCUUGGUGAAUAUGAUCAGAAUAAUCAACUCGGGCACUACAGUGUUUAUACUGGGAAAGUCGUUCCCGGCGAGUUGACGACUGACAG